AUGACAGGAGUACUUCUUGCCGGUGCCAAUGCCAGCCUGUGGAUGCAAAUCCCUGUUGUGUUUGCGGUCCUUCUGCUGUCCAAACUUAUCUGGGAUGCCUUCUUCUCAUCGUUGAGGGUCUUUGACGGACCUCUACCUGCAAAGUUUACCGAUAUAUGGCGUGCAUGGCAGGCCUUCGAUGGCCACAUUGAUCGCACGUACACCAAGCUGCACCGCAAGUAUGGUUCAGUGAUGCGGAUAGGGCCAAAUGCGUUGAGCAUCUCUGACCCGAGCAUGAUCCGCGUAAUAUAUUCCACAAGAAACCCCUGGAAAAAGAGCGAAGCGUACCGCCCCAACGACGUUGUUUUGAAUGGUCAACGAGUGUCCAACCUCUUCAACACGCAAGACGAAAAAUGGCACAAUCAAAACAUCCUUCCGAUCCGUCAUUUGUGGCAAAUGACCAAGGUCCUCGAAUACGAGCCGCUUAUUGACAAAACUCUGAAUAAGUUCGUGGAUAAGCUCGCUGCCAGGUUUGGUGGCGGCGAGGUCUGUCCUGCUGAUGAAUGGAUCGGGUACUUUGCUUGGGAUGUAACAGCGAACUUCAGUUUCGGACGGCACUACGGCUUCAUCGACCAGGAGAAAGACGUCGAUAACCUGAUCACCGACUCCACCAAGGGUCUCAUAUAUUUUGCCCCUGUCUCGCAGAUUCCCUGGAUUGAUCACCUGCUCGACAAAAACCCCAUCGUCCGAAUUGGACCAAAGCCAACAUUGACCGGUGUGCUCUACGCCUUCAAGGUAGUUGCCGAGUACCAAGCCCAACUUAACUCGAACAAGGUUAAGCCUGGCAACGUCGACCACACUCUAGACAAGUACGUCCAGCUCAAGAAGACACAUCCGGACGUGGUCAACGAUGUCCAGAUCGUCAACUGGUUGAUGCUAAGCAUCCUCGCUGGAGGCGACACUUCGUCUGCCACAAUGCGCGCAACCGUAUACUACCUCGCCAAAAACGCGGACGCAUACAAGAAGCUUGUUGCAGAGCUGACCACUGCGAAUCUAACCAUGCCCGCUCAGUGGAAGGAUAUCCGCGAGCUACCCUAUCUCGACGCCGUUAUUCGAGAGAGCAUGCGGAUCAAUCCCGGAAUUGCGAUGAACUUCGAGCGUGUCGCGCCGGAGGGCGGGUAUACAUUGCCUGACGGACGGUAUAUCCCCGCUGGAACUAAGGUGGGCAUCAACCCAGCUGUCACGAACAGGGACUAUGCAAUUUUUGGAGAAGACUCAGAUUCCUUCCGGCCGGAUCGGUGGCUGAAACGAGAUGGUGAGAGUGAUGAGGAGUAUCAAGAGCGUCAUAAACGGAUGCAUGAUACCUGCGACUUUGUGUUUGGAGCUGGCGCGCGGGUCUGCAUGGGUCGAUAUCUUGCCAUGUUGGAGAUAAAGAAGCUGAUUGCGACUUUGUACAGCACGUUUGAUCUGCAUCUGGUCGACCCAAAACAUGAGUGGACAUACCGAAAUGCCUGGUUUGUGUAUCAACAGAACAUGCCCAUGAUAAUCACUCGCCGUAAGCUCUCGGCAUGA